CCACGUUCUAGCUGCUGAAGACAAGUACGCUAUGAAUCAGUGCUAUUCUCUACCAGUGUAUCUGUAGCAUCCAAUCGAAAACGGUUCAUUUCUAAUUAUCGGGUCUGAUCUAGUUAUGUCAAUCAGAGACUACUCCGAAGAAUUCUGGAGAGGCUGGGCUGCACAGUUGCCAUUGUUAAUGAUGGGCAACAGGCCCUCGAUUACCUGGCCGGUCCGCCUGUAGCUUGCCCACCACCAGAUAUCAUCUUGAUGGAUGUUUCAAUGCCUGUCAUGGACGGAUAUACUGCUGUACAGAUCAUCCGCACGCAGCUUCCAUUCAGCGCCAACCCGAGACUUCAGACAACACCAAUCAUUACCAUGAUCGCGCAUAAAAUUCCAGAAUACCGCAUGCGCCAAGGCUGGAUUCAAGACACCAUAGGCAAACCGGUGAGAGUGUCGCAUAUGAAGCAGACUCUCCUAAGGUGGUCCCGAAAAGAGAUCAUCCCCAUACCCGGUUCGCAAACUGCGGUUGCUCAUCCGGCAUGGGGGCCACAUCCUUUACGAGCGCAUCGUGGACCUCGAUCUCUUUUAUAGUUGUAGCCAUUGCAGCUAUCUCGACAAACAGUGCGGGAGUCCUGGGGGUGCUGUCAUCCUUCAGUGGCCUAUGUCCAUAGCUACCCCGGUGUAAUCACAUCGUCAACGAUUUCACAUCGCGUCAGAGAAAAGAGAUGAGACCUGGGAAAGAACCAAUAGUCAAUGUGAUCAAUGUAGAUCAAUCAUUCCGAGGGCCAACGCUAGGGAUCACCCCUGACCCUCAGCAAUGAUUUCAGUCGCAGUGGCAAUCACAGUUCAAGUCUUGUAAACACCUGACGUCAAUUUUAACCUUUAACUUCACCUGGAAAGCUGUGGGUCGAUCGCCUUUCAAGGUUGUCAACUUGUUUUUUCUCUUUAUUGUUUCUCACGAUGUUUCGAAGUUUCGCU